GAUGCUGUAACUGCACUGUCUUCAUCAACGUUGUUUAUCUUCACCAGUUUCAAAUCAUUCCGCGUCAAGUCUCCGAUUUCUGUAUUCCUCCACGGUAUACUAAUUAGGUCCAUUGCAACUGGCUCCGUAGCCCAAAGUGCCCGCCAAAUCCUAGCAAUCGCACACCUUUACAAGAAUGAGUCACUACCAUCAACGAAAGGCAUGCGAGCCGCCAAUAGAAUCAACCCUAAGCAAUACACCUGCCAUUUGGGGGAAUUGCCUACCACGGGAUGAAGUUUGUCCAGAUACGUACGGGAAGAGAAGGUAAUGGAAGAGGGUUGAGCGGGCAUUCUACCUCGGUCGAACUCGCGGAGGAAAUAAACAUUUUGAUAACUCCAUCUUGCGCUCUCCAAGAGAUAGCGCCGCGAGCGAGGGGUGGAAUGUUCCGAAACUGAUAUAAAAAGCUGGCCGUCGUCCUGAACAUCAAGCUGCUUGCCCUGCUUCUCUCCAGGUCACUACAGCCAAUUCAUCUCCCUUCUUCCUUUCGGACAGCGCUACUGAAGCUAUCCUCAAUCCACGAGUAACCGCCGACAGGAUGGCCACCAACUAUACUUUCCAAGGCUGGAUGGGCCUCGACAAGGACUCGGCAAAAGGCAAUAUGGUCUGGCAGAGUUACACCCCAAAGCCCUUUGAAGAAACUGACGUCGACAUCAAAAUCACGCACACUGGAAUCUGCGGAUCGGAUUUACAUACGCUCCGAUCCGGAUGGAGUCCGAGUCUCUACCCCGUCUGCGUGGGCCACGAGAUUGUUGGAACUGCUGUGCGCGUUGGCUCAAAGGUGGAAAACGGGAUUAAAGUAGGCGACCGCGUGGGAGUAGGGGCUCAAAGCGGUUCUUGCCUUCGCCCAGACUGCGAAGAAUGCUCCCACGACCUGGAGAACUACUGCCAAACCAAACAGACGGGAACAUACAAUUCGAAAUGGCCCGACGGGUCCAAAUCCUAUGGCGGGUAUGGCGAUUAUUGGCGCGGCCACUCCCAUUUUGUCUUUAAGAUCCCGGACGCAUUGCCCAGCGAUGUCGCUGCACCGAUGCUCUGUGGCGGAAUCACUGCGUUCUCCCCAUUGACACAGUACGGCGCUGGGCCGGGGAAACGCGUGGGUAUCAUUGGAUUAGGCGGACUGGGUCACUUUGGAGUCAUGGGUGCGAAAGCACUGAAUGUGGACAAACUCGUCGUGAUAUCUCGCACUUCUUCGAAGAAGGAUGACGCAUUCAAGAUGGGUGCCGACACCUUCAUCGCCACAGACGAAGACAAGAACUGGGCACGCACGCACCGCAGGUCUCUGGACCUCAUCGUCUCGACCGUCUCAAGCGCCAACAUGCCUUUCCAGCAAUACCUCCAACUUCUCCGCGUCGGCGGCACGUACGUGCAAAUUGGCGCCCCCGAAGACAAUAUCCCCUCCUUCAACGGCUUCGCGCUCCUCUCCAGGAAGAUUAAAAUCACGGGCUCCGGCAUCGGUUCUCCAAAGGAGAUCCGGGAGAUGCUGGAUCUGUUUGCACGGAAAAAGGUGUGGACGUGGAACAACAACUACCCCUUGAAGGAGGCCAAUCGCGCGAUCGUGGAUAUGGAUGCGGGCAAGGCACGGUAUAGGAUCGUGCUUGUCAACGAAGCACAUGCCAAUGAAAGCCGUCUAUGACCAUUUUGAGUAGCAGGGUCAGAGAAGCACAUGGACACGGGCGGCGAUGAAGGCGGGAGUGGAUCGCCUUCUUGACUUAGCCGAGAUGCCAGGUGUUGAGAACGCAUCCACUGCCAGAGAAGGUCCAGGAAACGGAGGCCGAACUUUGCAAUGUACCUGAUGAUAUUGUUCACGAGCUGAUCCAUGGCUUCAACAUUACGGCAAGGGAUCAAGGCGCAGUCCCCCAAAGGAUGCUAAGCCGUCAGAAGGGCUGUCGGUGUCCUAGUUAUUCAAUACCCAUCAACUCAGCCAGCUCCUCCGGACUCAAUGUGCUUCUCCUCCUCGAUGCCUUCCUCGUCUUGGGGGCACCAUCUCCAUGUUUCCGUUUCCCCCUUUUGGCACCAACAGCUGAUUUCAAGUCUUGCUGAGUUGCUAGAGCUUCUGCCUCUACCGCGGCGAGUUUUUCGUCUAUACUUAACGUCGGCUCCUGCUUCUUAAUCUGGAUCAGAAUCAGUACAACUUGUGCGCGUCCAAGGGUUGACAGAGUCGGAUGAUAUAAACCCUUACCUGCCGUGGGAUCCGGGAUUCCAAGUCCCUCGUUCUUUUCCCGAGCUCGCGUUCAUAGUGCUCAUCGUCAUUCUCUAAGUCAUGCUUGCCAUCCAUUGCACCGUCCAGACUGCCAAUACCGGAGUCUGCACUAUCC